UAUUUAAAAAAAUAUAUAUUUUAAAUUUUUAUGUGGUAUCUUAAGGUUUAGUGUCGAAUAAUUGUGGUGUGGUGUUUGAUGUGUGUAGCAUAUUUUUUAUUUUAUUUAAUUUAAAAUUAGAAAGUUAGUGACAAUGAUUAAAGUAAGCGAAAUCAUGAAGAUCGGAUUCAUUGGCGGCGGCAGGCUGGCCUUCGCCCUGGCCAACGGGUUUAUCUCAGCUGGUUUGGCAAAACCCGAUGAGAUCACAGCAAGCGUCCAUCCUGCCGAUGUCGUCAGUGCUGAAGCAUUUAAGAAACUGGGUGCCACAGCAGUGUUCGAGAACAAGCCAGUGGUGGAAAGAUCCGAGGUUGUGAUCGUGUCUGUAAAACCUGACGUGGUUGUGCCGGUUCUGAAGGAAGUCAAGGACCUCCAGGCUUCAAAGAACAAGCUGUUCAUCUCUGUCGCUAUGGGAGUCACUACUGCUGCUAUUGAGAAGGUGCUACCAACAGAAGCUCGUGUGAUCAGAGUGAUGCCGAACACGCCAGCAUUGGUUCAGCAUGGAGCUGCCGCUCUCAGCCGAGGUACUCGCGCCACCGCUGAUGAUGCCAAGCUUACCACACAGCUGUUCCAAGCUGUGGGCACUUGUGAUGAGGUGCCAGAGUAUCAGAUGGAUGCUGUCACCGCUUUGAGCGGUAGUGGACCUGCCUAUAUCUACAUGAUGAUCGAGUCUCUAGCUGACGGCGGUGUACGUUGCGGUCUACCUCGAGACCUCGCCCUCCGCCUGGCAGCGCAGACGGCUCUCGGAUCAGCAGCCAUGGUGAAGACUGGCACCCACCCUGCAGUACUCAAGGAUAAUGUCACCAGCCCUGCGGGGUCUACCGCUGAUGGAACUUAUCAUUUGGAGCAGAAUGGGUUCCGUUCAGCUGUCAUCGGUGCUGUGGCGGCGGCCGCGGAUAGGUGUAAAGUGGUCAACAGCCAGCUCAACAACACGCCCUAGUGUUCGCAGCUUAUUCUAAUUAGAUAUUAUUUUAAGAGUACAACGAAUAUUAUUUUCGUAAAAUAAAUAAUUUCCAAUAUUUA